GUAGCAGCUGCUGGAGGACAUCUGAAAUUUACAGUCUCCUAUGACUUCACAGAGGAAGAAGAGGCAUUUCAAUUGAUGGUUCAAUCAGAUGUCAUCAUAGAGGGAGGUGGCUUGAGAAUCAGCUCUCCAAAAGAGGGGAUUCACCUGCAGCCUUCUGAAGAGCACACUGAAGAAAUUGCGCUGAAACCAGAAUCUUUCUCCGUGCAUGGCACUGAUGUUCCAGUCAGCAGGAGGGAAUUCAUGACUAUCCUUGCAAAUGUAAAGAGGAUCCUCAUAAGAGCCACCUACAGCAAUGGGAUGAAUGCCAUCUACAGACUAAGAAGCGUUAGCAUUGAGGUUGCUGACCACACUUCAGCUGGGAGCAAGGUGGCGUCUGCGGUGGAGUUGUGUGACUGUCCCCCAGGGUAUGAUGGCACCUCGUGUGAGUCUUGCUGGCCUCGACACAGACGUGUGAAUGGCACAGUUUUUGGUGGAAUCUGUGCACCAUGUACGUGUUUUGGUCAUGCAGAGUUGUGUGAUGAUAUCACGGGAGAAUGCCUGAUGGCUGGGGAAUAUACUGAAAUAGGCACCCAGGCUUACCCUUUUGCUUUCUUUAACCAGCUUAAACUAGCUGCUUCCCUGGUUGUCUCUGUGACAGAUAUCCUGAGGAAGGGCAGCAGCCUGCCAAAGGACUGCAAACACCACACAGGUGGUUCAUACUGUGAUAGAUGUCUUCCUGGCUUCUAUGGUGAUCCUACUAAAGGAACAGCUGAAGACUGUCAGUUGUGUGCUUGCCCCCUAAACAUACCUUCUAACAAGUGUGCAGAAGGCUAUUUUGGACAACCUCUAAUACCAGGAGGAUCAUGCCAGCCAUGCCAGUGUAAUGACAACCUUGACUUCUCCGUUCCUGGCAGCUGUGACAGCUUGUCUGGUGCUUGCCUGAUAUGUAAGCCAGGUACAACAGGCCAAUAUUGUGAGAGGUGCGCUGAUGGAUAUUUUGGCGAUGCUCUUAACGCAAGGAACUGUCAACCCUGCCACUGUCACGUCAAUGGCUCCUUCUCGCAGAUCUGUGACUCUCGGACAGGCCAGUGUGAGUGUAAAGCCAACGUGAUUGGACGCCGGUGCAACAUCUGCCAGCCCAGCUACUUCUGGGCCCCAGAAAAGCUGUUUUGUAUACCCUGUGGCUGCAGCGCUUUAGGAUCCAUGUCACUGCAGUGUGAUAAGUCAGGAAGAUGUAUCUGCAAAUCAGGAUUCAAGGGCAGACGCUGUGAAAUCAGCAGACAGGUGCCUAAAUUGAAAGAAAAUGCACGAAGCAGUCAGCAGAUCCGAGUCCCCCCUCGGAGAUGGGGCGUCAGCAGUGCCAGUGGGUGCCCACGGGGUGCUUACCGGCCUGCUACUCCGCCUGAAACAUUUGGCUUACAGUCUUCAAGAGGAUGUGUUCCCUGCAACUGCAACUCUUUUGGUUCCAAGUCAUUUGACUGUGAUGGAGAUGGACAGUGUUAUUGCCAGCCUGGAGUGACAGGGAAGAAGUGUGACCGUUGUGCUCAUGGAUUUUACAACUUUGAAGAAGGAGGCUGUACUCCCUGUGAGUGUUCACGUUUUGGUAAUAACUGUGAUCCCAUCAGUGGCCGCUGUAUCUGCCCUCCCAAUACUGUUGGAGAGAUGUGUGACAAGUGUGCACCAAAUUACUGGGGCCAUAACAUUGUCACUGGCUGCAAGCCCUGUGACUGCAGCCUCAUUGGAGCCCUGAGUUCUCAGUGUGACUUACAUACAGGCUGUUGCUUCUGCCGCCCUGAAUUCUCUGGGGAUAAAUGCACUGAAUGCAGGUUGGGUUACUGGAAUUAUCCACAAUGUGUCGGUUGUCAGUGCUUCCUGGCAGGGACUGAACCACAGAGCUGUGAUACAGAAGAGUUGGGGAAGUGCUCAUGCGUUGAUCAGACUGGCCAAUGCAGCUGCAAGGUUAAUGUGGAAGGUGUCCACUGUGACAGGUGCAAGUCUGGUACAUUUGGUCUCUCUGCCAGAAACCCACUUGGCUGCAGCAGUUGCUAUUGCUUUGGCCUGACUACACAGUGCAGCGAGGCAAGGGGGCUGGUUCGCGUGUGGGUGACCUUGAAGCCAGAGCAAAUGAUUCUGCCACUGGUGGAUGAAACGCUUCAGAGCAGCACUCUUUCGGGGAUUGCAUUCCAGCCUCCUGAAAUAGUAGCAGAUAUAGAACAGGUGAUGCAGGAUCUUCGGUCAGAACCUGUUUACUGGAGACUUCCAGAGCAGUUUGAGGGCCGAAAGCUGACUGCUUAUGGAGGGAAACUGAAAUAUGCAAUCUACUUCGAAGCACGAGAAGAGACAGGUUUUACUACUUACUACCCGCAAGUCGUCAUAAGAGGUGGGCCUCCCACCCAUACAAGAAUUAUUGUCCGGCAUAUGGCUGCCCCUCUAAUUGGGCAGCUGACAAGGCAUGAGAUAGAGAUGACAGAGCAUGAAUGGGAAUAUUAUGGUGAUGACCAUAGAGUCAGAAACACUGUGCACUGGGAAUAUUUUCAUGAUGACCCAAGGAUCAACAGGACUGUGUCCCAGGCAGAUUUCACCUGGAAACAUUAUGGAGAUGACUCAAGAGCAAGCAUAGCUGUAUCCCGGGAAGACUUCCUGAAUGUGUUGUAUGAUGUUCAUUACAUUCUUAUUAAGGCUACUCAUGGAAAUAUCAUGAGGCAGAGCAGGAUUUCUGAGAUCUCAAUGGAAGUUGCUGAAGAUGGCAGUGUGUCUGGAAUGACUCCUCAGGCUUACUUGAUUGAGAAAUGUGACUGCCCAUUGGGUUAUUCUGGUUUGUCUUGUGAGUCAUGCUCUCCAGGAUUUUACAGGCUUCCAUCUUCACCCACAGGAAGAAUGCCUGCUCAGUCCUUAGGUGCUUGUGUUGUAUGUCAGUGUCAUGGGCACAGUACUAUGUGUGACCCUGAAACAUCCAUUUGUCAGAAUUGUCAGCACAAUACUGCUGGUCACCACUGUGAGAGAUGUGCACUGGGAUUUUAUGGCAUUGUCCAAGGCUCUCCGGGUGACUGUCAGCCUUGUGCUUGUCCCCUACCCAUUUCUAGUAACAA